AUGUCUUCAUUCCAAAAUCGCAGCGUGAUGCCCUUGACUCGCACACUGACAAGUGUAUCUUCGUGGUAUCCAUCUGACCGCCCUGGCUGGGUGUUCUGGAACCCACAGACACGAAAUAUUAUACACAGCUACAGUGCUGUAUUCGAUGAGAGAGUCUUUCCAGGCACUUCGUUCGCAAAGGAAUCGAUUCCGAACCCCUCUGACUAUAUCCAGCUGCCAGAUCUCGAGGAAAUCAACGCCUUUCCAUCAUCCAUUCCACCUCCAAACACUCAACCUCCUGUUUACGUUUCAGGGAGACCUGUACCUGCACCUAUUCCUCACGAGCCUGUCCCUCCACGCACACCAGAGCCAGCACAACCUAAACCCGCAGCUCCACAACGCCUGAGUCGCGAACUGCGAGCACUCACUGAUCAUACCAAUUUCGAGAAGGUCCCUACGAAUCUCCCAGCUCGACGACACACAAUUGCGCGGCAGCCAGGCACCUUGACUGAAUCUGACUCGGACCUUGACCUAAAUGAGAGCUCCGACGAGGAUAAUGUCCAAUUAGCUGCUGAAGAAGCGUUCUUACCUCAAAUUCCAUCCUCAUCGCCUGAUCAUAUCCUCAUUCCCAUUGUUGAUGGUGUCGAAGCUGCCUUAAACGCAUCUACAAGCCGCGAGCCAACAACACUAGGAGAAGCUCUGAAACGCCCUGACGGCGACAAGUACGUCCAAGCGGCUAUAGAAGAGGUCAGAGCUCACCUGGAAAACGGCACGUGGAAGCUUGUGCGAGCGACUCAACAAGGCUAUCGGCUCACCAAGUACAAGGGACGCAUUGUGGCCAAAGGAUACGCACAACGAGAGGGAAUCGACUACACAGAGACCUUCGCACCAACAGCUCCUCUCCGCACCAUCAUAGCACUUGCAGCACUUGAAGACUGGGAGCUAGAGUCAGUAGACAUAUCAACCGCUUUUCUCAAUGGUGAGAUUGAUGCGGAAGUCUACAUGAGAAAGCCAGAAGGAGUCGAGUUCGAGGGCUAUGAAGGCACGAGCUGGGUGCUUCAACUUCUCAAGGGCCUCUAUGGAAUCAAACAAGGCCCUCGCAUCUGCGAUCACAGUGUCUUCAUCUACGAGCGUGACAACGUCAAGAUUAUUGUACCAGUCCACGUUGAUGAUCUCCUGCUUGCAUCAAAGUCACCAGACGCCAUUCAAAUCGUGAAGAAUGAACUCAAGGCGCGCUUCAAAUCCACGACCAGGGACCUACCUCAUUCUACUUGGUGUCAACUCGAGCCAUACAUCGAACAGAUCCUUGAAACCUACGAAAUGCAGGACUGUAAUGGCACUGACACGCCUAUGGCUGAAAAGCUACUCCUCUCGACCAAGGAUUCACCACAAACUGAGCAGGAGAAGUUGGAAAUGCAGAACGUACCCUAUCGAGAGGCCCUUGGAAAGCUCAUUUACAUCGCAACUGCCACUCGACCAGACAUCUCAUACUCUCGAGAAUCCUGGACGAGCACACUGGCUCUCAAACGGGUACUGCGAUAUCUCCGCAAAACAACAAACUACAAGCUCACCUACGGCCUCGAACCCGACUCCGAACUGUUCACGACGCAUAGUGAUGCCGAUCUGGGUGGAAACGCCGAUAAUACCCGCUCGACAGCCGGUUUUGUCAUGUCAAUUGGUGGUGGCGCUGUAAUGUGGAGUAGCCGACUCCAGCGCCACACAUCACUAUCAUCAACAGAGUCGGAGUAUACAACAACCUCCGCCACCGGGUGCGAAAUAAUCUGGAUGCGGUCAUUCCUCGAUGAAAUUGGCUACGACAUUGCGUCCUAUCCAUCCACCCUAUUUGUUGACAACGCCUCUGCCAUCCAGGUUGCCAAGAACCCAGAAAAUCAGUCCACCAUGAAGCAUGUUCACCGUAGCUUCAACUGGAUUCGCGAGAGAGUUGCCAAUAAUGAAAUCCGGGUCGCUCAUGUCUCUGGAGCCGUCAAUGUUGCCGACGUCUUCACCAAACCACUAGGCCGCAUCAAGUUCGAGCAGUUUGUCAAAAACCCGUCUGAUUCCUCAUCCACAUGCCCGUACUCAGUCCAUGCGCUAAGUCACAGGGUCAGGAGGUCGUGUUGA